AUGUCGAACCACUCGCCGCCGAUAACGCCGCCGCCGCCGUAUCAUCGCCGUAUUAUCGCCGUUAGCUACUCGUCGAUGUUGAAGUUGUCUGUUGUCCCUGUGGUCGGUGUCGUCCGUUGCUUUUGUCUGGUCCCGUGCUUGUCGAUUAUUUGUCGUUUGCCGUCCGCAUUUCCCGUCGUGCAUGUCCAAGCCCGGAGAUCAUUUCGGUCGAAGGAGACAUGUCGAGGAGUAAUCCUUGUGUCCCUUCCAAUCGCUAGUUUCAGUGAUCGAUACUUGCGUCGAACGUCCUUGCGACUCGGUGCUCGAAUCGGACUUGUUCGUUUGAUGUCGUUUCGUCGGUCACGAAUCGAAUUGCCGCCGCCGAGUGCCUGUUCUUCCCGCGUGUCUUGCUUUCUUACGCGUCGGGAAAACAGACAGACGGACCGUGUACGUAUCGCGAAGAUCUGUCCAUCUCUAUCCGCGAUGCCGCCGCCUCCGCGUCUCCGUCUGGGUAGUACCUCGUUCGUCGCGACAUAUACCGUAAAGCCUGCUUGGCAAGGUUCUUCAUCGCAGCCGCCGUCACAUCGCCGUGUACGCCCGUCUAACAUGGUGAUGCUGCUGGUGGAGACCCCGCCGCCGCCUUCGCAGGUUCCUGCCGCACUUUCGACGUCACAAAUCGAAUUGCCGCCGCCGAGUACCUGUUCUUCCGGCGUGUCUUGCUUUCUUACGCGUCGGGAAAACAGACAGACGAGCCGUGUACGUAUCGCGAAGAUCUGUCCAUCUCUAUCCGCGUUGCCGCCGCCCACGUGUCUCCGUCUGGUUAGUACCUCGUUCGUCGCGACAUAUACCGUAAAGCCUGCUUGGCAAGGUUCUUCAUCGCAGCCGCCGUCACAUCGCCGUGUACGCCCGUCUAACGCGGUGAUGCUGCUGGUGGAGACCCCGCCACCGCCUUCGCAGGUUUUCUGCCACACUUUCGGUCCGCUACUAACGGGUUAUUCUCCACGCAAUUCUUAG